UAACUUUGAUGUAUGUAGGAAGGGGUUGUAUUUGUACUCUCGGGGUUCGUUAACCCUGAACGUAGCACAUUACGGUCUCAAGCAUUGGAAAUGGGGGCUGAGUAUCAAGCUGAUUGGAACACCAAGUGCACCCUCCUAGUUUGUGCAUUUCCUAACACCCCAAAGUUUCGACAAGUUGAGGCUGAUAACGGUACCAUUGUUUCCAAGGAUUGGAUAACUGAGUGUCACAGCCAGAAACAGCUUGUUGGCAUUGAACCUUACCUUCUACAUGCUGGUAAACCGUGGAGGCAUCAAAGUGGCUCUGUUGGAGCAAGCGAAGAUCCAAAACCAUCUUCAUCAAAGAACUCUCUUAAGCAAGUAGACAAGCUUGCAGAUUCAAAACCACGCCCUUCUGCCUCGACCAAGACGGACAAUAAGCACUCUAGAAAUGAGUUUCCGACUUCUGAAGUGAAGAAAUGGGCAAUAGAUGACAUGAAAAAGACCAUAUCAUGGUUGGACAGCCAAGAAGAAAAGCCUGAUCCAAGUGAGAUAAAGAAGAUAGCAGCUGAAGGAAUCUUGACAUGUUUGCAAGAUGCCAUAGAUUCUCUCAAGGAAGGGAAGGGUAUGGAAGAAAUAAUGGAGCAGUGGAGUUUCAUCCCACGGGUCGUUAUGGAGCUGAACAAGCUGGAAAUAGCCAGAGAUAGUCCGGUUUCUGCUUCUAAAACCGAGACCUACAAACAGGCUAUCGUGUUCAAACGGAUUUACGAAACGGAGCUCAGGAAAUUGGAAGACGAGACGAACGAUAAGAAGAAACGACAAAAGAUCGAAAAGGGUGGAAAAACGAGCAAGGAUGAGGAGGGUUACGACAGCGAUGAUACGAUCGAGAUGACAGAAGAGGAAGUAAAGGAAGCAUUCAAUAGUGUUGCAUCUCGCAUUGUAGUAAAUGAUAACCAGUUUGGUCAUAGAUGAUGAUGGUUCCAAGUUCAUACUGCAAGAAUCAGGAACUCUCAUGCUUGCUUGGUCUUUUCAUGGUUUUAUCAAGUAUUUGUGUUAUAUCUGGAAAAUAUAUUUUAAUUAAAUCUAUGAUCUUUUUACAUGCUUUUGGCGUGUAA